UGGCCCCGCCGGCGCCGCUGCGCCGCUCUCCCCUCCGCGGGCUCCCCAUAAAGUUUGCUGCGAGCGGGCGGCCGCGGCCCAGCCGGCGCUUCCAGCCCUCGGACGGAGAGCCGCGGUGGGGAGGCCGUCUCGCUCCGUGCCGGAAUUGGAGGAACUGCUGGUUGGAUUUGAUGUGGAGACUUCAUCACUGACACCUGUAUGUGCCUUUGUCAGCCUCCAAGAGUUAACACAGCUCAGCAGCAGCAGUAACUGCUUCUGGUGUACCUUUGUCUGAAAAACAAAAAACAACUAACCAAACCAAAUAACCCAACAACCCUUCUGAAGACUUGUGUCAAAUGACGUCAAUGGCCAGUCUGUUCUCCUUUACUAGCCCAGCUGUAAAGCGUCUGUUGGGCUGGAAACAAGGAGAUGAGGAGGAAAAAUGGGCAGAGAAAGCUGUCGAUGCUUUGGUUAAAAAACUGAAAAAGAAAAAGGGUGCUAUGGAAGAACUGGAGAAAGCCUUGAGCAGUCCAGGGCAGCCCAGCAAGUGUGUUACUAUCCCUCGUUCUCUGGAUGGCCGACUGCAGGUGUCCCACAGGAAAGGCCUUCCCCACGUCAUUUACUGUCGCGUUUGGCGCUGGCCUGAUCUGCAAAGCCAUCACGAGCUGAAGCCAUUGGAUAUUUGUGAAUUUCCUUUUGGAUCUAAACAGAAGGAAGUCUGCAUCAAUCCAUACCACUACAAGAGGGUGGAGAGCCCAGUUCUACCUCCAGUGUUAGUGCCUAGACAUAGUGAAUUCAAUCCACAGCACAGCCUGCUAGUUCAGUUCAGGAACCUAAGCCACAAUGAACCACACAUGCCACACAAUGCCACGUUUCCAGACUCGUUCCAGCAGCCCAACAGCACUCCAUUUUCCAUUUCACCAAACAGUCCCUACCCACCAUCUCCAGCCAGCAGCACUUACCCAAGCUCCCCAGCCAGCUCUGGACCAUCCAGUCCAUUUCAGCUACCAGCUGAUACUCCACCUCCUGCGUAUAUGCCCCCUGAUGAUCAAAUGGGGCAGGAUAAUUCUCAAUCAAUGGACACAAGCAAUACGAUGAUCCCUCAAAUCAUGCCAAAUAUAUCUACCAGAGAUGUCCAACCUGUUGCCUAUGAAGAGCCCAAACACUGGUGUUCAAUUGUGUAUUAUGAAUUAAACAAUCGUGUUGGGGAAGCUUUUCAUGCAUCUUCUACAAGUGUCUUAGUAGAUGGGUUUACAGACCCCUCCAAUAACAAGAACAGGUUCUGCUUAGGUUUGCUCUCCAACGUGAACCGCAACUCGACGAUCGAGAACACGAGGCGGCACAUUGGGAAAGGAGUUCAUCUCUACUACGUUGGUGGGGAAGUCUAUGCUGAGUGUUUAAGUGACAGCAGCAUAUUUGUACAGAGCAGGAACUGCAACUACCACCACGGCUUUCAUCCCACAACUGUGUGCAAGAUUCCUAGUGGAUGCAGUCUGAAAAUCUUCAACAAUCAGGAGUUUGCUCAGCUCUUAGCCCAGUCUGUCAACCAUGGAUUUGAAGCAGUGUAUGAGCUCACCAAAAUGUGCACCAUUCGAAUGAGCUUUGUCAAGGGCUGGGGAGCUGAGUAUCACCGACAGGACGUCACGAGCACCCCGUGCUGGAUAGAAAUUCAUCUUCAUGGCCCCCUUCAGUGGCUGGAUAAAGUACUCACACAGAUGGGUUCUCCUCUGAAUCCCAUCUCCUCUGUUUCCUAGUGCUGACAUUCAACCUCCAGCCUUGUUUUUAGCGAACUGAUUCUAAUUCUAGAGAAAACUUCCAGUGUGGAUAUACUGUGAGCUAUAUGGAGAAUGGAUCUUACAGUUCAACUUCUAUGUUUUUGGUUUUUAAAUCCCUUUGUGACCAAUGCCAUUGUGUAUAGCUAAUCAGUUUUUACAUUUCAAUUUGUUCUUGUGAUGCUGAAGUGACAGCUGAGCCCUAAGGGAGAAAAAGUCUAUUGAAAAAUUCAAAACACUUUUCCCCUCGUUCCCUUAGAACUUAACCAGGCAUAUGUCUUAACUGGAAAAUAGGUUUUAAUUUUUUUGGUCCUGUAGGGACAAGAAUGAUGAAGACUGCCUUCAGAAAACAAAUACAUAUCAUAGUUUGGAAUUUCUUUUGGAUUUUAAUUAAUGUCAGUGAAACUGAAGAUGUGCAGCUCCAGCUUGCAGGCCUUAUUUUUGGCAUUAGCUGUUGAACAUCUUAAGGGUGACGUCUGUCAUAAGCAAAAUUCGACUUUAUGAAGGCUAAUUUGCCUGGGAUUGAACAAUGUGAUUUUUUUACUCUGUUGUGUUUUUCCUUGUUUAAAUGUACACGUGAAAUAUGCUUUUUACAAGUACUGGAGUGGUGUUAAAAAACGAACCCCACACUUGUAUUGUCUGUUGGAAAACGCUGUCAUGAACACACUGUAUAGGAAUGCAGAAUAGCAGUUGUUAGCCUUUUCCCGCCUCAGUUUUGUAUUCUCUCUUUUCCCCACCCUUUUUAUUCAUCCAAGGGAAACAUCUUGCACGUUUCUGGAGUAGUAAUUCCUGAUUUGCUUUUGAUUUACACCCGUGCCCUUUGGAUUUGGUUGCCAAGGCUCGCUCUUUAUAGGUACCCUUCUCUCUUUUAACAUGAACACUACUAUUUGUAAAUGGCAGUGCUUACUACUUUUUGGAAGGAGUAAGGUUUGGGGUUUUAUUUGUUGUUUGUUUGGGGUUUUUUUUUGGGUGUUCUAGCUGUUUAUUUUAUCUGUCUGGAAUUGCUCUGCCUUAGCCCUACCUAAUCUCUCAGUAGCCAUUAGACAGUAUUAGUGAUCACAACACUCUGUUUCAUGCUCUUUCAGUAUGAGUUUCUUUGAAGGCUGUUGAGUGGCUUAGCAAAUUAGUAACUGAAUGCAGAAGCUUUUACUUCCAGAACAUGUAAUUUAAUACAGACCUGUUGGUAAUGACCAAAAGUAAUCACUUCUUUGUAGUCUACGUGAAACAGUGGUCUUGAGCCUGUCACUGAGGGCAGGUGUUCAGUCUGAAGACUCCAUAGUUGGCAGCUUUGUGGAAUUGAAGGACUGCUUUAAUAUGAUGGUGAAAUUUCCCUCUCACCUAAAGAAUCCUGUUGCCUGUGCUGUUGUAUUACUCAGUAGAGAAUUUAAACACUAAAGGAAAUCAGUUCAAUAACCUAAGCAUAUUUUUUGCCCUCUAAAUGAUAAAAAAGGAGGCUGAAAAGUAUUCCAAGUGAAUUAGAAAUUAAUUAUAUACAAAAUUUCUUUGCAUGCAGACAGACCUGUUGUAUAUUUCAACUUCUCGCCCUCCUUUUUGUCCUUCCUGAACCUCUCUUUAGAGAAGGCUUCAGCGUUUGAGAGAGAGGCUGAAAACUCUCAAAUGCAAAUACUUAACUCAGAGAAGCACUGCAGCUAAUCACUGCAGUCCUGAGACACUGAGUGCUUUACACAAGUUCCUGUGUCUUCUAUUGAAUGACAGUUUCUGCUCCGGUGUGGAAAUCCUGCAUCAUAUGGUACCUAAGUAGCAAAACAUCUUAAAGGAAUCAAACUGUUUACGUGUCGUUAAAAUGUUUCUUACGCAAUGCCUUAAAGGAAUAAACUGUAACACUUCUGCAGAA